AUGACUUUACCAGGACCGGAGCCGGUUGUAAACCAGCUCAAAAAGAUCGACUUAGAAGAGUUCACGUGCAUCGACACCACGUCUGAUCCAUUGCGAUAUUCUACAUGCAAUAUUGCGGAUUGUCCUAAGGGGUAUCCGAUGCUGGCCCGCUUCACAGCAUCUGCAUCCCAAUUCUACGUUUUCCGAGAAUUUAGAUAUCUGCAGUCACGAGUUCUGCUACAUCUUCAGGACGAAAUUCGCGCACUCGAAACUCAGCUAUGGCGGAUGGACGAGAAAGACAGGGUGAAUAACCCGCACAGUCUGGAGUGCCGAGAACUUGAUGAUGCAUGCAGUGGGAAAAGGAGAAUCAUGAUCGACAGCAUUCACCAGAAGCUGUUACAGUACGGCGAGCUCCUCUGCUUAUCAAGCAAACUUGCUGCUCUUGAACGACCAUCAAAUUUCGAGAGAACGAGCGUCCUGAACUUCUUUUUGAACAAGCAACCGAUAGUCUCUCAGGAGGGCUACAUUGGGAAUAGGGCUGAUCUCGUGACUCUAAAAGCUACCAGAGACGAUGCUUGGCUCGAUAGGCAAAUCUUGCGGCUCCUCGUCAGAGCAAAUAACCGCUUGCUGAGUUGGAUCUUCUCCAAUGCGAAGCUGAGAGAAAAUAGCGAUGGCCUGAUUGUGAUGUAUUCGUUGGCAAGGAUCCACUUCUUCGUGAUGACACUCCUCAUUCUGACUAUGUUGUUCUUGUUUUCGGCGCCGCUGGUGCCGCUGUACGAGUGGUCUCAAGGGGGCAUCGACGGCAAAGUGCUUGCCAAAAUGAUGGGCUUCCAAGUAGGGUGCACCUUGAUGUUUGGCGGUGUCCUUUCACUUUGCACUAGGGCCAAAAAACAUGAGAUAUUUGGCGCUUGUGCUGCGUACGUGGCCAUACUGGUCGUGUUUGUGGGUCAAAGUGCCAGCAAGACCUGA